GGCAGGGAAAAAGUUUCCGAGAGAGAGAGUCAGCGUUCUUUCUUCUUGGCCCUGCCUACUCUUUUUCUCUCUUUUUUUUUUCCUUUUCCUUUUUUCCUCCAUUUAGCGAUCUCAUCACGAUUGCGAUCUUUUUACACACGUUAUGGCGGCCGUAGCUACUCUGUCUUCUAGGCGACUGGAUGAAGUCAAGUCCAGGAAAAGUGCCUUAUUUGAUGGCCGUUAUGAGAAAAUAUGUACCUUGGGAAAAGGGAACUUUGGCAAAGUGUAUCUAGCAAGAGAUUGCACCACUGGACAAGAAGUGGCUGUUAAGGUCGUGGAUAAAACAUCAAUCAAAAGUGGCGACCAACGUCAACACGCGCUAAACGAGAAAGAGAUAUGUGAAGGAUUCGCCCAGCGACUGGACCAUAAAAACAUAGUCCAUGUCUACGAAGUGUUUGCAGACCACGAAAACAUCUAUGUGGCCAUGGAGUAUGUUGAAGGAGGAGAGCUUUUUGAAAAGAUCAAGCAAAGGCACCGACUCGAAGAGCCACUUGCUAAACGUUGGUUUCGAGAGAUCGUUGAGGCUGUCGACUAUAUCCACAAGAAUGGCAUCGUUCAUCGAGAUCUGAAGCCAGAAAACGUCCUCAUUGACAAAUAUCAGAAGAUCCGUAUUUGCGAUUUUGGAUUUGGCAAGUUUUGUGAGCGCCAACAGGUACUUAAUACCUAUUGUGGCAGUCCCUUCUACGCCGCACCCGAAAUGGUGACCGCCACGCCGUACCGCGGGCCACCUGUUGACAUGUGGAGCUGUGGCGUGAUCUUAUUUGCAAUGCUGGCCGGCACAUUACCAUUUCAAGGCGACGACAUGCCACAAUUGUUCCGCCGGAUUAAUACCGGAGCUUACACAAUGCCUCAACAUAUUUCGCAGGAAGCAGCCGAUCUUAUCAGCCGAUUAUUGUGCAAGAGUGCCAAGGGCCGUAUCAGUGCAGAAGAAUGUCUAAAACACCCAUGGCUCAAUCAUAAGAACCGCACAGUCUAUGGACUCGAGCCAUCCAGUUCUACCUCGACAACCACCAAACAUCGGCCUACGACGACAACAGCAUCUAGCCAUCCAUCAUUAUCUCGUUUACCAUCAUCCACUGCUGCUGCUACUGCUGCUGUUGAUGCCGCUCAUCAUAGCACAGCACAACGACAGAAACAAUCAGCCAAUGCUUCCACUCCUACACCCACCGUAACCACAACAACUUUGGCUGCAUCUACUUCAUCGUCUUUACAAUCGUCUCGCAACAAGAAAUCCAGGGCAUCUCGACUAUUCACAAAGAUGUUCACCAAGAAGACGCAAGUUGCUCCAACGGUACGCGCCAUUGAAAAGACCAGUGUAACAGCAACAGCAAAUCAAUUGUCAGCAUCGCAAACGAAAAGCAAGAAAAGAAUUAAAGGCGUCGAAAACAAGGUCGUUCAUCGAUUCAAAGGGCUUUUGAAGACGGCUUUCCAACGACGACUUACUGAUAAAGAUUAACAAAAGCACGUCUCUUUUAAAUCUUAAUACUUCUGAUACUUGAUAUGAUAUAUACAAUAUAACUCUACCUACCUACUUUGUUAACAACUCAUUUAAUAGCACUAAUAGUAAUACAAGUAAAUGUGAUACGGGCUUCUUCUUUCUU